GGCUGGCUGCUGCACAGGCACCAUGGAGCAAAAAUCACCCAAGGAUGAGAGCACCGCCAAGGGACAAGAGUCUCUGUCCUACCAACGGAGGAUGUGGAAGAAUUUCCAGGAGAAAACCAAGCCAUGGCUCAGUCCUAAACUGGGAUCGGAGCGUCGGGGUACCGGGGGCGCGGAGGGCAGCAAAAAGGAAUCGGGGUUAUGGAUGUUUAAGAGGAAAAAGAAACAACUAGACCGGGUGUUUUCGUCGUCUCAGCCGAAUCUCUGCUGUCCUACCCCGGCGCCUUUUGAAGGAGAUAAGUCCAUGGGAAGCGACGCGGUCCCGGGGACCAGCAGCGACGGGCAGUCUCUGCUACAGCCCCUUGGCGCAGCUUCUGGAGCCACGGGGAGCAAACCCGAGCUGACUGCGCAUGGAAGCCCCAAACUCCCCGUAUCCCAGCUGAUCAUGUACCAGCAGAAGAGCUCCUCUCUCGGCUCGGCAUGCUUCGAGAAACUGGUUGUGGACCCGGCCGCGAUGAUGGGAGAGGAGGAGCAGUUGCGUAAAAACGCAAGUGAUUCUGGCAUCAACAUAGUGGGGCCCAGUAAUGCAGAGCCCACGCCUGGACCUCCUAGUCCAGCCAUGUACCAGCUGGAUAUCAUCUUAAAGAAAGGGAACAACCUGGCCAUCCGAGAUAGGACAGGGACCAGUGACCCAUAUGUGAAGUUUAAGAUCGCAGGGAAGGAGGUGUUCAGGAGUAAGACCAUCCAUAAGAACCUCAACCCAGUGUGGGAUGAGAGAGUGAGCCUGCUGGUGGAAACCCUGAAGGACCCACUCUAUGUCAAGGUUUUUGACUAUGACUUUGGACUUCAGGAUGAUUUCAUGGGGUCAGCAUACCUCCACCUGGAGUCACUGGAACAUCACAGGACACUGGAUGUGACGCUGGACCUGAAAGACCCACAGUACCCUGAGCAUAAUCUGGGCAGCCUGGAACUAGCUGUCACUUUGUCACCAAAGGAAGGAGACGUGAGGGAUGCUACCAUGCUUUUGAGAAGGAACUGGAAGCGAUCUAGUAAGUAUCAGAGUAUGCGCCUGUCAGAUGUGCACAGAAAAGCCCAGCUGUGGAGAGGUAUAGUCAGCAUCAGUCUGAUAGAGGGUCGUGAGCUUCAACCCAUGGAUAACAAUGGCCUCAGUGACCCUUACGUCAAAUUCAGGAUGGGGCACCAGAAGUACAAGAGCAAGACAAUUCCAAAAACGCUGAACCCCCAGUGGAGAGAGCAGUUUGAUUUCCACCUGUAUGAGGAGCAGGGAGGCUUCGUGGACAUUACACUCUGGGACAAGGAUGCUGGCAAGAAGGAUGAUUUCAUGGGAAGGUGUACCAUUGACCUGUCGCUUCUCAGCAAAGAACACACACACAAGCUGGAGCUGCCACUAGAAGAAGGUGAAGGUGUGCUGGUGCUGCUGGUUACACUCACUGCUUCGGCUGCGGUUUCCAUCUCAGACCUGUCAGUCAACAUGCUGGACGACCCGCAUGAGAGACACCAGAUCAUGCAGCGAUAUAGCAUGUGGAGGUCCUUCCACAAUCUGAAAGAUGUCGGCGUGGUGCAGGUGAAGGUCAUCAGGGCUGAGGGACUGAUGGCAGCAGAUGUCACAGGUAAGAGUGACCCUUUUUGUGUGGUGGAGCUGAGUAACGAUCGGCUGCAGACGCACACUGUCUACAAAAACCUCAACCCAGAGUGGAACAAGGUCUUCACUUUUAACGUGAAGGACAUCCACUCGGUACUCGAGGUCACUGUUUACGACGAGGACCGAGACAGAAGUGCAGACUUCCUGGGGAAAGUGGCGAUCCCUUUACUAAAUAUCCAAAAUGGAGAACGCAAAGCCUACGUCUUGAAAAGCAAGGAGCUGACAGGGCCAACAAAAGGGGUCAUCUUUCUCGAAAUAGACGUGAUUUUUAAUGCUGUGAAGGCUGGUCUCAGGACGCUGAUUCCCAUUGAGCAGAAGUAUAUCGAGGAGGAGCCCAGAGUGUCCAAACAGCUGCUGUUGCGCAACUUCAACAGAGUCAGGCGCUGCAUCAUGUUCCUGAUCAACACAGGCUGCUACAUCAACAGCUGCUUCGAAUGGGAGUCUCCACAGAGGAGCAUCUGCGCUCUUGUGCUUUUUGUCCUCUUCGUUUGGAACUUUGAACUCUAUAUGAUUCCUCUGGCUUUGCUGCUGCCUUUGGCCUGGAACUAUAUCCUCAUCGCAUCGGGGAAGGAUACCAGGCAAGAUGUGCAAGCGAUGGAGGACCUGAUGGAGGACGAGGAUGAGGAUUUUGACAAAGAUGACAAGGACUCGGAGAGAAAGGGCUUCAUGAACAAGCUUUAUGCCAUUCAGGACGUGUGCAUCAGCGUGCAGAAUGCGCUGGAUGAAGUGGCCUCCUAUGGCGAGAGGAUAAAGAACACAUUUAACUGGACCGUGCCUUUCUUAAGCUGGCUAGCCAUUGUGGCUCUCGGAUUGGCCACUACCAUCAUCUAUUUCAUCCCCCUAAGAUACAUUGUGCUCGCCUGGGGGGUGAAUAAAUUCACCAAGAAGCUGCGAGACCCUUACACCAUUGAUAACAACGAGCUGCUAGACUUUCUGUCCAGAGUGCCCUCAGAUGUACAAGUGGUGCAGUACCGAGAGCUGAAACUGGAUCCCAAUCCCAGUCCAAAUAAAAGGAAGAAAAACAACCCCGGGUAGAUGACUGUGUCCGCCCACCAACCCCUCUCUUCUCCACUUUUCUUCUCGUGGUCUAUUACUGGACAGAGGAGGAGCAGAAGAAGAUGGCUUUGGACCACCUCGGCUCAACUAUCCUUCCUUUUUGUUCCUUUUCUCCUUUCCUAUGUUCUUCUCUCCAACUUUUUCUUUCUGUCUUUAAUUAUUCAUGGUGUACAGUACAAUUUCCUGAAGUGUAAUUUUUGUAUGAAAAAAAAAAAAAGUACAAGAAAUCUCUUGAAUUAUUCUUAUCGCCAUUAUGCUUCUGAUUGAUUUUAAGGGCGAGUGGGAAGGAUGGAUGGAACGACCUUUUUCUCAGCCACUCUCCUCCUUUCCUCUCUCCUUCACUCUCGACAGCUCAGCGGACUCUGACCACUUUGCUCGUGUCACACAAUGAGUAAAACGAGUUUGAACAUUCACACUCACUGUCCCCAAAAGACAGUGCGUCCAUGUUUAUGAAAAUUCAAGCCUUAUACUAACAUCCUGCAUUAUCACUCUGCAAUAGACUUUUUUUUUUUUUUAGCUCCUAUUGUAGUUAUUAAAUGAUUUUGGUAAUAUGUUGAUAUUUUUUAAUUGUUUUUGUACUGAAG